AUGGAUCAACACACAGAGCCACAUAGGGUGCUACAUCGUGUUGAAAAGGAGUUUGCAGAAACACAUUCAAGAACCGAAGAUGGACGAUAUGUAGUCCAAUUGCCAUUUAAAGGUAAUCCUUCGGAACUAGGAGAUUCAAAAAAGCAAGCAAUGGCUCGCUUUAUUAAUAUGGAAAAGAAAUUCGCCACAAACGAGCAACUAAGAAAGGAUUACUCUGAAUUUAUUCAUGAGUAUAUUUCUUUGGGGCAUAUGUCGCUUGCACCUCCUGAUGGUGGAAAAUAUUAUUUGCUACAUCACGCGGUUUUUAAGAAAGAAAGUUCCACGACCAAGACGCGUGUUGUCUUUGAUGCGUCUUGUAAGACAUCAACAGGAAAAAGCUUGAAUUCAGUGUUGCAUGCUGGUCCAAAGCUGCAACAAAAUUUAAAUCAGAUUAUCAUACGUUGGUGUAAAUACAAGUAUGUAUACACUGCUGACAUCGAGAAGAUGUUCAGGCAGAUAAUCGUAGCAGAAGGACACAGAGAUUACUUAAGAAUUCUGUGGAGAGACAGCCCUAAGCAACCAAUUCGUGAAUACAGGUUAAAUACGGUGACGUAUGGAACUGCACCGGCCACGUACUUGUCGGUGAAGGUUCUGAUGCAGUUGGCUGAAGACGAAGGAGCGCAAUUCUCUGCUGCUGUCGCCGCCAUAAAAGAUUUUUACGUCGAUGACGUAAUGACAGGGGCAGACACAGUGGAGGGUGCUCUUCAAAUUCAGAAUGAAUUGAUCAAUUUGCUACAAAAGGGAGGCAUGAAUUUGAGAAAAUGGACUAGUAACAAACCUGAGUUGCUAGCAAACCUCUCUGAAGAACAAAUUGAAGCUAAGUAUCUGCAACUGACUGAAAAUGAGACAUUAACAGCUCUUGGUGUUGGUUGGGAUCCUAACACCGACCAAUUUUCUUACAAAAUAAAACCAACUCCUCGCUCUGGUCAGAUGGACAAGAGAAUUAUACUAUCCGAUCUGGCUUCUAUCUAUGAUCCUAUUGGUUGGCUAGCUCCAGUAACUAUAAGAGCUAGAUUAAUCAUGCAGAGAGCAUGUAAGGAUCAAGUAGACUGGAACAAACCUGUUUCAAAAGGCAUCGUGGAUGAUUGGAAAGAAUUUCUACGUAACCUUCCAGAGGUGGAGAAAAUAAGAAUUCCGAGAUACAUGAACUAG